UGAAAGAUAUCGCGCCGGAGCUCGUAGGCUAAAUUGAUGGCCGUCCUGAAUAUUAAAAACAGCCUGACGCAACAGCACAGCCUGUGACACAAACUUGGAAGAGAAGGCGCUGGCUAAUUACAUGUCGAGUGUUGAUGCCUGUGCACAUCUAUCACGCAGGACUGACAGCUGUGAAGACACCCGGAGAAGAGGCGCCACGCGUCUAAACUGUACGUGUGUGUGCGGGUGUGUGUGUGUGUGUCUGUACAUGUGUGCAUGUGUGUGUGUGUCUGUAAGUGUGUGUGUGUGUGUGUGUCUGUAUGUGUGUGUGUGUGUCUGUACGUGUGUGUGCGUUUUUCUGUGGGUGUGUGUGUCUGUACGUGUGUGUGCGUGUGUCUGUAUGUGUGUGUGUGUGUGUCUGUACGUGUGUGUGCGUUUUUCUGUGUGUGUGUGUGUGUGUGUCUGCAUAUGUGUGAAUGCAUGUAUGUGUAUCUUUGUGUGUGUAUAGGUCUAUAUUUCUGCAUCUGCGUGUGUGUAUGUAUGUGUAUGUGUGUGUGCGUGUGCCUGUGUGUAUCGCCGUGUGGAAAGUGAGACAUUAUUUAGCAGUGAGGUACAGACUUAUAUAUCGCCGGACGUUUGGCUUUGACAGAGCUGGGGGGUGUGGACGGGCUGUUCUACCCGCCCUACUUUCACUGCUGAGAGACGGCAGCCUGCCAGUCAUUGGUAACCCCUGCUCUACCCUCAGCCUACCUGCACUCCCGGAGCAGUCAUGCAGGAUUCCACACUGUGCAGACUGGAGUGAGCUCUUCCCUUCACCAAAGACUCCACUCAUCAACACACAGCCGACUUGCCAUGGAAGAAGAAGACCUGCUGAAGGAGCGACUUCACGCUAUAACGGAUAAGAGAAAAAUCCAAGAGGACAUUGUCAAUAAAAGGAGAGAUAUUGAGGAAGAAAAGUUAAAACUUCAGUAUUUGAAGAAAAAGGCUUUGCGAGAGCAAUGGCUCAUGGAUGGACUGAGCCUCCAGAGUGCACAGCAGCAGGAAGCCAUGGAACUACAAGCUCAGGAUGACCAGCAGCAGACCAAAGUCCUGCAAAGCAAUAUCGACAGGAUGGAACUGGAAAUCGAAGCUCUGGAAAAGCAGGAGAUGAUGAUAUCUGAUCAUGAGCAGCUCAUUCUGAAACGGCUGAAGGAAGUUGAGAAAACCACGGAGGACAUAAUAAAGAUAGCCACAGCUGAGGUGAAACAGACAAAUGGAAAGGAACUGAGUGAAGACUGCAGCCACUUUCGAAUUCAGAAACAAAAAGAACAAAAAACCUCAAUGGAGGCAAUGGAGGAGGUAACCAUGGAGACCAGCCAGCUAUCUGAAAUGGCCACAGUAAUUGAAUAUAAAAGGGAUUCUGUGGAGAAAGGUAUUGUUGAAAAUAAGGGCUUGAUUGGAGAAGCUGAUUUCUCAGAUUCAGUAGAAAUGAAUGUGAUGGAUGACAUUUUGGAUGACUUACCAGAAGGAACAACUGGAACUGAUGAACACAAUACAUUAUCAAAUGGGGACGAGACAGAGAAUCAUUUUCAUAAAGAGGCUGCUACCUUAGAGACAGGACCAGACAAUCUCGACCGAACGGAAUCCAUCACCUCCUCCAUUUCUGAUACACCUUCUAGCACAGGAAGCGUUUAUGAAAAUGAUAUGGCUCACAAGAGACAAGACCUUCCCAAUGAGGAGAUACCUGAUAAUGCCGUGUACACCAAAGAUGAUGCUGAAGACAACUGUGUCUAUGAGAGAGCUGAACCUGAACCACAGGAUCUCAUUCUGGAAAAUAUCGACCAAACUGAAAUACAAGGGUCCAUCUUAGAGCAGUUUAACAGAGAGGAUGCCUCCUCCGACAUCUCCUCAGAAUCAUGCCUCGAGCUGGAAGACAACCUGAACAGCUGCUUGCGUGUUGAAAUCGCUGCCGCUUCCUCCGACAGCGAGACCGAUGAGAAAUGGAGGACGAUAUUCUCCUCCUCUAUUAAUAGAGAAGACGACGACGAUUACGAUUUCUUUUUGGGCAACAGUCUCGAGCAGAGCGCCCGGGACCUUUUCAUUCAAAAAAGUGACAUGAAAGAUGAGAGUCCCGUGAAAAUUGAACGAAGAGUUGAGGCGGAAAUCCCGGUAGGAGAAGAAGUCCUAGUAGAACCGGAGCACCUAACAGACAAUGACUCAGAGAUGCAGGAAGACCUCUAUGAUGCCAUUCCCAUUCAUGAGUUUUCAAAAUUCUCUGAGGACAAGGAUGAGCUCUGUCAGGUCUCAAAAGACAACAUGCAGCCAAUUCACUCGGAGAAGGUCGACCCAAAAAAGAAGGUCCCCAAUGACUACUGUGUGAUUCAAGAAACAAAGAGCGAAAAUGUCAGCACAGAGCACGUGGACUUCCGAAUUGCCCGGAAACAGUGGCUGAAGAUGGAGGAACAGACAAAAUGCCAGAUACAACAGCCGGCUGGCAAACAGGGCACAUGUCAGGGCGGCCACAGCUUCAUGUACACCCCGGUGCGAAACAUCGGCAAGCCUAAGAAGGAUCACGAAUUCGAGAGUUUAGGCCUAAGGGAGUACACACAGUUCAGCCCAUGUUCCGAGGACUCUGGCCUGGAUGAUUCCAGCUACAGGUCUCCUUUUGAUGACCCAGAGACACCUAUCGAAAGGGAAAUCCGUCUGGCGAUGGAACGGGAGGAGAGUCUCAGGCGGGAGAGGGGGAUGGUUAAACCACCAAAUGCUAAUGAAUGCACGCAGGAUGUCUGCCCCGCCAUUCUUCUUCCAGGUAAAUUUGAUAAAAGGCUGUGCCAAGAUGUGGAGGAGAAGAGAAAGGUGUUUGAGACCCCGGACAGCUGCAGAAUGCCAAAGUCUCCGAGUGUUAAGACACCAUCCUUCAUCAUUACAUCUUCGCCAACCAAAGGCCCGUUAUACCAUGAUGUGGCAGCCAAUAAUAUCAUCAUCCUGGAGCCCGAUAACUGCCCAACCAGCCCCAGGAAAGGCCCCAAAGAUGGUGGUGCUCUUUCCCCAGUGGCAAAUAAAUCCAACGAGUGGCCUAAAGAGACAUCCAACCUCCUCAUACUAGAGACAUCCAACCUGAUCAUCCGCAGCGCAUCUGAGCUCUGCUUGAACACUGUUGGGCAAGAGACCCAGCAGAGCACGUUCCUCAACAACCCCUUCUUCAAACUGCGGUCCAGAAGCACCCAGUCUCUGGUUGACCAGGAGAUACAAAUGGUCAGACAAAGAGAGGAAGAGCUGCAAAAGGAAAGGGCAAGUCUUUAUUCAAAAGAAAACUACAGCACAGUCCUGGUGUCUCCAAAUCUACUUGACAACUUUGACAAUUCAGAAUUCCCAGUGAGAUGCAAGUCUUCACCAUCAUCACCAAUGAAAACUGCUCACAAGAUGGAUCGCUCCACACUCUCCUGUGAAACAAGGUUUCCCGAAAAUUUCCCCGGAGGACGCCGCAAGAGUGCUAUGGCCUUGCGCUGGGAGGCGGGUAUGUUUACAAAUAACGAGUGAAGCAAAGAAAACCUCUAUAUUUUCGCUCUAUUUUAUGAGAAAUUACAAAAUGCUGCAAAGUUUGGUAAUGUAUACAGUAAGCAUAACAUUUGCUGCUUGUGUGGUGCCAUCCGCAUAUGGGUGAUACAUUGAAGAAGCAGAUCAUAGUAUUGUGCAAGCGCCAAGAAGCCUGGAUGUAGUGUUAGUCCAGUUAUUCACUUUCUGCCUAGUGAGCAUUUACUGUAAAGCGUAUUUCAAUGUACUGUCUUGGAUAAAAAUGUAUUUAUUGUAUUUUCAUAGAGUAUUUUCUCCAAAAGUUAAAGAUUUGUAAUUUCCUUUGCAUAUGAAUAUAGCCAAUCAGUUUGCAAUUGUAAAACCAUAUAUAAACACAGUUCCAAGGAAUUACAUUCCACUGUUAUAGUUCAUUAAACGAACAUAGUUUGUCAAAAUUGCCAAAAUUGAUUUAUAUUUCAGAUGCAUUACAAAAUGGCAAUUGAAAUUUUCUUAUUAAAAAAAAAAUAAUAAUAAUAAUAAGACAACAUGUAGUUGGACUAAAUUUAAGAAUAAAUUUGACCCUUUUAAGAUUGUAACAUUAGAAAAAGUAUUUCCUUAAAUGAAGAAGAAGCACACACCAAGCAAUUCAUCAUAAUAAUUCACCUGGUAUUGAUGUGUUCUAAAAUUAGAAUGGUCCCUUUUGUAUUUUCUUAGCACUGACCUCUGCUUUCACAUCCCCACCAAUAUGUAGUGCAGCCCUUUCAACAUACCUUUUCUAUGGAAGAAAGAUCAGCUUGCUCUUUCUUAAGCAUGGUCAUAAGAAAGCAUGUUCUUUUCCAAUGCCUCUACUACUUUAGUUACACAGGCCUCUUGCAAUGUAAGCAAUCAUAGUCUUCAAUGAGAAAAUAAAGAACUUGUGAAUUUCAUGAAGAGAAAUCAAAUACAAUAUGUAGGCGUGACAAUGCAGAUUAUUAGUACCAAGGAAGCUGUGAAAACACCUACACAUUUGAAUUGCAAAAUACCCCAUUGAAGAAGUCGGAUAACUUAGCUAGAUAACUUAUUAAGAACUUAUUAAAAGAGACAAAGGGACAAAAGAGCAGAAUUAUUUACUAAAAUGGGGAAAUAAACACAGUGAAACAUUGUUUCCCCUGUAGACUUACAACAGACUUACAAUUGUCAAAAAUGAGUUUUAUUUGAGACCAAACAAAGCUACAUUGUCAGAACCAAGAGGUCCUGGAGGCAAUGAAAAUGGCAUAAUACAAACUGAUGCAUACUGUUACUGGUGUCACAGUAAAAGCAGUUAAUAUGAGUAGGCUAUUUCCCAUUUGGCUACUGGUUCAUGUCCCCUAUACCUAGUGUUGGGUAGUAGUUUAAACUACUGGAUCACAACAUGUAGUUAAUUACAUUUUGCAGCAGUUUGCUGGUAGGUCAACUACAUUCAAAUUUCUGUAAUGGUUGUGGUAGUUAAUUACUGUUUUUGUCACAUUGAGGUGUAGUCAAUUACUGGAACUACAAACUACUUUUUUCAGCCAAAUAUUGCCUCCUCUCUUUCUUUUCACUCUAAUCUUGGUUGGAGAUAAUUGCUUGUUCUCCUCAUUGAACUGUAUAAUAGUUCUCUCCGUGUGCAUAAACAAGGCAUUGCCUGCACAUGUCAUGUUUGGGAAACAUGAUUUUAAAAAAAAACAAAUAUCAAAAAAUGGCCACAAAGUAGUUUGAACUAAUUUAUUGUAUUGUAGUUUUGCAAGCUACAUUUGUAUUCAGGGUAGCUUUGCGGUAGUUCAGGGAUGGGAAUACAAAAAAUGUAUCAAGGCAGUUUGUAGGGGCUGAAAGUCAGCCACACACAUGCCCGCAUCCAUACAUACACACACAUUGAACAGAAUGUGAAAAUGUGUGUACAUUAAGAAAAGACUAAAAAGAAAAAUGAUUAUUAAUUGCUAAAAUUAAUAAAUAUAUUGAAUUCUAAACAUUUGCAGGCUAGAAAUAGUGCACAGGGCAGAAAUAGACCUGCAAUUAGUUAGUAUUUAUUGGUGGAUUAUUUCCUCUGGAUUACUCACUCAAUGUGGUACUGUACAUUACCUUACUAAUGAGCAGAAUUAUGUCAGAAUACUCGUAUAAUAUCCUGAUGACGUUGACCACCACAAAUCAACAACAAUUUUUUUUUUUACUUUCUUCAAAUAUUUUCCCCAUUGAAUUCAAUGGAGCAAUUGGCUUUCAUUGUCAUUGAAAGGGGAAUUAUGUGAUGCCUGACAUCACUUUGACUUCUUCCAUUGGGAAAUCAUAGAACUACACUUAUAGCAUCACAGUACAUAUACUCAGCUCAAUGAAUGCUCAAUGACCUCAGUAUUUUCUAAGAUCACACACAUCUUACACACAGUUCAUGGGUAGUGAUGUCAAUGAGGACAGAAAAAGCAGCUUGUUCUUUCAAAAAAUGUGUAAAGCAGUGCUUAGACCAACACAUUUACAAAGUCUUACAUUUAAAAUGUUGUGUAUUUGUAUGCUUUUCCGUGCAGCCAUUUUUGCUUACACAAUGUACUACAAACCAGUAUUGCUUGCUUUGUAUGAAUUUCAAAUAUUUAAAACUGCGUGAAGAAAUCUAUUUACAGGACAGAAGUAUUGAAAAUGGCUUCUUUAUGAAGUUUAUCUUUGGGAGGGAUGGAAGUUCUUGUAUAUGAUGCAAGCGUCAAAAUAUUUCAAAAUAAAGAUAUAUGGACAAAACAA